ACAAACAGAGUGUUCAAUAGACAAGCUAGAAGAAUUAUUUAUAUCGUUCAUUCAUUUAUGAAGAGAGAAUCUGAAGAUGGGGUGAUUAAUAUAAAAAAAGUACAAAAGCGGACCGCAAUGGCAACGGAUAGUUCUGUCGCUACUGUAAAACGUAUAAUACAAGAAGGCGGCGGAGAAGUCCCUAAAAUAUUCAGAACACCGGGGAGAAAGAGACCCCGAGAUAAACCUAUUACGGGUUUAAAUUCAAUCGAUCUAGGAGUGAUUAAACGGUGUAUACACAAUUUCCAUAUAACCGAGGAGGAACUGCCAACCACGGAGAAACUGCGAGUAAAAUUAAAAAACGAUAUCAAUUUCCAGGGGUCCGCACGAAGUUUGGGGCGAAUCAUUAAAAAUUUAGGUUUUAAAUGGAAAAAAAUACAAAAUAAUAAACAAAUCCUUACAGAGAGAACAGAUAUUCGCUUCCAGAGAAUUGAAUAUCUGCAGCGAAUGAUGAAAUAUAGGCAAGAAGGAAGACCAAUUAUAUAUACGGUCGAAACAUAUGUUGGUUCACCACACUCCCCUCCCAACACCUGGACGGACGGUUAUACUAAGGGACUAAAAAAACCAAUUUCUAAAGGACACCAAAUAGUCAUUGUUCAUGCUGGAUCCGAAACAGGCUUUGUGCCGAACUCUUUACUUUUAUUUAAAGCAGGCGUCAAAACAGGAGACUACCAGGACAAUAUGAAUUCUAUUAAUUACGAAAAAUGGCUUCGUACUCAACUGAUACCAAAUUUGCCAAAUAAUUCAGCCGUCGUAGUUGGCAAUGCAACGUAUCAUAACAAGCAAUGCGAUCCGGCACCAACAUCGAAUGCUAAAAAAGCCGAUAUGCAGGCCUGGUUGACUAACAAACAUAUUAACUAUACUUCUGAUAUGUUGAAGCCUCAGUUGUAUAAUUUAAUUAAAACUCAUAGAGAUCAGUUUAAAAAAUUCUACAUUGAUCAAAUAUUGGCAGAACACAACCACUCUGUACUUCGGCUACCUCCUUACCAACCUGAUCUCAAUCCGAUUGAGAUGGCAUGGGCGGCCAUUAAAGGAUAUGUUAGCAGCAAGAAAGUUACUUGGAGCUUUAAAGGUGUGGCCGACCUGGUCAAAGAAAAAGUCAAUUUGAUGGCUACUACUGAUUGGAAUAAACUGUGCCAAAAAGUGAAUCAAAUAGAAGAGCAAUACAGGAAAAGUGAUCAUGUGGUAGACACGAUGACUGAAGAGUUUAUUAUUCAUGUUGGUGAUGAUGACUCUGAUAGUGAUGAAGAUCGCAUAUCGGACACGGAAGAUGCAGAUGAUUUAGAUGAUGACACAGAUCAAGAUGAUGAUGAUGAUGAUGAUGAUGAUAAUUAUGAUGAUAAAGCCCCUAUUGCUAUAUAUAUUAAAGAAAGUGAUGAGUCAUUUAUGACAGAAUUAAAUGCUUAA